GCUCGCGAGACAGUGAUUUUUCCGCCAGAGCAGCCGCAGUGUGUUGUUUUCCUCGACUGGCUCCAUUUAGAUUGAUUUAUCAAUCUCCGGAUGUUUGAACUUGUGUUUAUCAAUAUUUCUAUGAUAAGGCGAUCUUUUGGAAUAAGGAGCAGAAGCUGGCUCAGCGGUGGGUCGAUAGGGUCGAGGCUUAAAAUGUCAGAUGCGACGGCCAAGGAUUUAAGGCUUUCGAUUCGCCAUGAAUGGCCUUUAAAGAUGCUGUCGCAGCUGAAAACAAAUAUCCAACAUUUUAUAUCAAAAGUUCAACCUUUCAAACAAAUGACUCGUGUUCUUUAAAUAAUAAGUUUAAAUAAAAAUGAUGGUGAAAUCCAAUUUUCAAGUUUUGCGCUCGAGCAGGAAAAAUAUAAAUAAAUAUAUUAUUUUUUACAACUGGGCGUGUUCGUUCAAUAUGCAUACAAUUAUCAUUCAAUUAAAUAUCAGAUAAUUUAAACUUCCUCUUGACUCACACAAAAAUUCAAAUAAACAUAUCUCAUUUUAACUACUCUAUUUAUUUUUGAUUCAUUCAUAUCUGUAUGAAGAAUCGCUCUAAUAUUUUCUAAGUAAGCAAUUUUCUGUUAUCUCAAGCACACACCUUAUCUCAUAUUUAUAUAUUAAAAAUUGAACACGGUGUUUGACAUGCCGUAUCUCGUCAGCGCAGCAUUCUUCCACAGUGCCUCUGCAGAUGCAGACACUAGCGGUGCAACAUGGAAAAACCAGUUUUGCAGAGUCUCGAACAGAGCAGCCUCUACACGAGGCGGAGGCAGGCCAAAAAUGUCACAAUGUCGCCCUUGGGAGCCAUGUUCUGCUCUCGCUGCAACGAGGAGUUUGAACCGCACGAGAAGAUUGUCAACUCAAACGGUGAACUUUGGCACCCUCAGUGCUUUGUGUGCGCCCAGUGCUUCAGACCCUUCCCUGAGGGCAUUUUCUACGAGUUUGAGGGCCGCAAGUACUGCGAGCAUGACUUCCAGGUCCUCUUCGCGCCUUGCUGCGGCCGUUGCGGCGAAUUCGUGAUUGGCCGCGUGAUCAAGGCCAUGAAUGCCAACUGGCAUGCCAAGUGCUUCCGGUGCGACAUGUGCGACAAGGAGCUGGCUGACCUGGGCUUCAUCAGGCACCAGAAUCGUGCCCUCUGCCACGAAUGCAAUACCAAGGCCAAGGCGGCUGGCACUGGUAGAUACGUCUGCCACAAGUGCCAUGGCUUGGUGGACGGCAAGCCCUUGCGUUUCCGUGGCGAAGUUUACCAUCCGUACCACUUCAACUGCACCGCAUGUGGCACGGAACUCGAUUCCAACGCCCGUGAGGUGCGCAAUCGUCCUGGCUACUCAGCUAAUGAUCUGAACGAGCUGUACUGCUUGCGUUGCCACGACAAGAUGGGAAUCCCGAUUUGCGGCGCCUGCCGUCGCCCCAUCGAAGAGCGCGUUGUCACUGCCCUAGGCAAGCACUGGCACGUUGAGCACUUUGUGUGCGCCAAGUGCGAGAAGCCCUUCUUGGGCCACCGUCACUACGAGAAAAAGGGCUUGGCGUACUGCGAGACGCACUACCACCAGCUCUUUGGCAAUCUGUGCUUUGUGUGCAACCAGGUCAUUGGUGGUGACGUGUUCACCGCGCUGAACAAGGCCUGGUGCGUGCACCACUUCGCAUGCUCGGUGUGCGACCAGAAGAUGAACCAGAAGACCAAGUUCUUCGAGGUGGACCUCAAGCCGGUGUGCAAGAGGUGCUAUGAGCACUUCCCCUCAGAGCUGAGGCGCCGCCUGCGAAAGGCCCACGAGCUGCCCGCCAAAUAAGAGCGCGAAAAUCAUGAAUUUGAAAAAUAUGCUUCGUUAGUUUAACAAAAAAUUAAGCUGGAAUGUCUCUUGAUGAUAGUGCCUGGAUAGGAUAUUUCCUGUAACUACUGGUGAUUGAAUCAUAAUGCCUUUUGAUGAAAUAUAAUGUAUUAUUUUGAAUAUAACUGCCAUAGAUGUGGGAAAACCCCACUGUUAGAGAAUAAUGUUUAAUUUUAGAAUCAUCAAUUCUUCAAUACUUAACAAAGGUGCAAUCAUUCUAGCACAAAUUUAUUAAGUCACAAUUAUUAUUUUAAGGCGUUGAACUUGUCCUAAUAUCUUAUUUUUGAACAAAUAACUAUUAAUUAUUGGUAUAAUCUCAAUUUAAUUGCUAAAACUGUGUAUUUUUACUUCCUAAUGAAAUAAACUGCCUUAUAAACGCUA